CUCCCUCCUGGAGGUGCCCGCCCAGCGCGGACGGUCGGCCCGGGCGCGGCUCGUCAGUGGCCGGCAAGCUGGGAUGGAGGGCGCCGGGGAGAAGCCCCCCGAGUCCAGCUCCGCCGUUCCCCGGCCCGAAGAGCCCCGGUUCCCCGGCGCCGAGGUGUGGCCUCACGAGGAGUCGGGGGGCUGCGCCCGGCCCCCGGAGACGGCCCCCAAGAAACUCUGCGGGUAUCUGAGUAAGUUCGGCGGCAAAGGGCCCAUCCGGGGCUGGAAGUCCCGCUGGUUCUUCUACGACGACAGGAAAUGUCACCUGUAUUACUCGCGGACGGCGCACGAUGCCAACCCCUUGGACAGCAUCGACCUCUCCGGGGCGGUCUUUGACUGCAAGGCGGACGCCGAGGAAGGGACCUUUGAAAUCAAGACUCCCAGCCGGGUUAUCACCCUGAAGGCCACCUCCAAGCAAGUGAUGCUCUACUGGCUGCAGCAGCUGCAGAUGAAGCGCUGGGAGUUCCACAACGGCCCGCCCGUGCCCCCCGCCACCCCGGCUGGGAACCAGCCCGCCGUGCACCUCCAGCUAGAGCCUGAGGAGGCGGAGCUGGAGGAAUUUCUGUGCCCAGUGAAGACGCCCACGGGGCUCGUGGGUGUGGCAGCCGCCUGGGAGCCUGUCCCCACCAUGCCCUUGGCUCUGCAGAAUAUUUCCCUCAAGCACCUGGGGACUGAAAUACAAAACACGAUGUGUAACAUCCGCGGCAACAAGCAGGCCCAAGGCGCAGGCCCCGGGCCCCAAGAGGAAGAUUCUCCAUGGAGCGGGGAGCCCCAGAGAGAGGAGCAGCCCGUGCCCCCUGACCCCAGUACCCCAGGAAAAGAGCCAGAAGAUUCUCCAAAGUCUACACCCAAGUGCUCUCGGACAGCAAAUUUCAUUCAGAAAGCCAAGCGCCAGAACGCCACCUUCCCACUCUUCCCCGAAGGGCUUGCGCGGAGCCGCGUCUCCCAGGAGAAGACGGCGGCCUUGGAGCAGCAGGUGCUGGUGCUCACCAAGGAGCUACGGUCUCAGAAGGAGCUGGUGAAGAUUCUGCACAAGGCGCUGGAGGCCGCCCAGCAGGAGAAGAGGGUGUCCAACGCAUACCUGGUGGCGGCCGGGGACCAGGACCGGCUCGAGCUGGUGCGGCACCAGGUGCGGCAGAUCGCGGAGCUGGGCAGGCGGGUGGAGGCACUGGAGCGUGAGCGGGACAGCCUGGCGCAGACAGCGAGCCUGCGGGAGCAGCAGGUGCAGGAGCUGCAGCAGCACGUCCAGCUGCUCAUGGACAAGAACCAGGCCAAGCAGCAGGUCAUUUGCCAGCUGUCCGAGAAGGUCACCUGGGACUUCACGCAUCCCCCCAGCGAGCCUGCUGCACCCCCAGAGGCCACCGACAGGGACUUCCUGAGCCAGCAGGAGAAGCUGGAGCACCUGAAGGAUGACAUGGAAGCAUACCGGACCCAGAACCGCUUCCUCAACUCCGAGAUCCACCAGGUCACUAAGAUCUGGAGGAAGGCGGCUGAGAAGGAGCGGGCCCUUCUGAUGAAGUGCGCCUACCUCCAAGCCAAGAACUGCCAGGUGGAGAGCAAGUACCUGGCCGGGCUGCGGCAGCUGCAGGAGGCCGUGGGCAGCGAGGCCGGCGAGUGCUCGGAGCUGCUGAGGCAGCUCACCCAGGAGGCGCUGCAGUGGGAGGCCGGCGAGGCCGCGGCCACCAGCGUCGGGCUGAGCCCCAUCAGUGAGUACGACGAGUACGGCUUCCUGACGGUGCCCGACUACGAAGUGGAGGACCUGAAGCUGCUGGCCAAGAUCCAGGCGCUGGAGGUGCGCUCCCACCACCUGCUGGCCCACGAGGCGGUGGAGCGGCCGCUGCGGGAGCGCUGGGCGGCCCUGGGCGAGCUGGCGCCCUCGGCCGAGCUCAAGCAGCUGCUGCGGGGCGGUGUGCCCCGCGAGCACCGGCCACGCGUCUGGGCCUGGCUGGUCCACCGCCGCAUCCAGACCCUGCAGGCCCCCGGCCGCUACCAGGAGCUGCUCAGCCGCGGCCAGGCCGGCCAGCACCCCGCCGCCCGCCAGAUCGAGCUGGACCUGAACCGGACCUUCCCCAACAACAAGCACUUCACCUGCCCCACCUCUGACUUCCCUGACAAGCUCCGCCGGGUGCUGCUGGCUUUCUCCUGGCAGAACCCCACCAUCGGCUACUGCCAGGGCCUGAACAGGCUGGCGGCCAUUGCCCUGCUGAUCCUGAAUGAGGAGGAGAGUGCCUUCUGGUGCCUGGUGGCCAUCGUGGAAACCAUCAUGCCAGCUGAUUACUACAGCAAGACACUGGUGGCUUCCCAGGUGGACCAGCGGGUGCUCCAGGACCUGCUCGCGGAGAAGCUGCCCAGGCUGAUGGCCCACCUGUGGCAGCACCACGUGGACCUGUCCCUCAUCACCUUCAACUGGUUCCUCGUGGUCUUCACAGACAGCCUCAUCAGCGACAUCCUGCUCCGCGUCUGGGACGCCUUCCUGUACGAGGGCAUCAAGGUGGUGUUCCGCUACGCCCUGGCCAUCUUCAAGUACAACGAGAAGGAGAUCCUGAGGCUGCAGGACAGCCUGGAAAUCUACCAGUACCUGCGCUUCUUCACCAAGACCAUUUGCAACAGCCGGAAGCUGAUGAACAUCGCCUUCAACGACAUGAACCCCUUUCCCAUGAGGCAGCUGCGGCAGCUGCGCGUGGCCCACCGGGAGCGGCUGGAGGCAGAGCUGCGGGAGCUGGAGCGGCUCAAGGCCGAGUACUUGGAGACCCAGGCGGGCCAGGGCCGGAGGACCCCGCCUGAGGCCUGCGCCAGCGAAGACGAGGGGGACGGGGAGGCCUGAGCCGGCCCCCCAGUGUCCUUCUCCCCCUUGGCUGCC